AUGGAAGCAACCACACGACGUGUCAAAGGUGGUUUCGAGACAGGGCUGCUUUGGAGGUUCAACAACAUCUGCUUUCCCGAUAGCUAUCCGAUGGCAUUGCGGCGAUUGCAUGCGUUGGAGAAACGACUAAGUCGAGAUCCAGUUCUUGAAGCAAAGGUGAGAAACCAGAUAAUGGAAUAUGAAGUGAAGGGUUAUGCUCAUCGAACUACGCCAGAAGAACUUCGAUCUACGAACCCAAAUAAGGUCUGGUAUCUACCUUUGGGAGUCAUACAGAACCCGAAGAAACCGAAUAAGUUGCGGUUGAUAUGGGACGCUAAAGCACGAGCAGGAGGAGUGUCGUUCAACGACAUGCUAUUAAAAGGUCCUGAUCUGCUGGUAGCCCUGAUGGAGGUAUUACUACGGUUCAGACAAGGGAACAUCGCAAUAGUAGGCGACAUAAGAGAGAUGUUCCAUCAGAUUUGGAUUCGAGACGAAGACAAGCAGGCCCAGCGAUUCAUUUAUCGAUCAUGCCCUGGGUCAGAACCCCAGAUAUAUACUAUGGACGUUGCGACGUUUGGAGCGACAUGCUCGCCGAGUCUGGCACAGUACGUAAAGAACAAAAAUGCAACGGAGUUCGCGAGAUCAUUUCCGAGAGCGGUGAAAGCCAUAACAGAUAACCACUACGUGGAUGAUUUUCUGGACAGCGUAGACACAGAAAAGGAGGCCGUCCAGUUGGUUAACGAAGUGAAAUUCGUCCAUUCUCAAGCAGGAUUCGAUAUCCGUAACUUCUGCUCUAAUUCAGUCGAAGUCCUAGCGAGAAUCGGAGAAACGACAGAACGCCAGCAGGUAUCCAUGAACCUGGACAAAUCACCAGAGUCUGAACGGGUGCUGGGAUUGAUCUGGAGGCCAGCAGACGAUGUCUUUAGCUUUGACUUGAGCAAUAUGAAGGAGGAGAUUAGGGAACUUGUCGAGAGUAGAACCGUUCCUAGCAAACGACAGGUUCUGCGAACUGUAAUGUCCCUAUUUGACCCAUUGGGACUCAUUUCACACUUCGUGGUGCAUGGGAAGAUUCUCAUGCAACAGAUUUGGAGAACCGGAACGGACUGGGACGAACUCAUUGUGGAGGAAUUGUGGGAUCAAUGGAAGCAGUGGUGCCAAUACAUGCAGCGUUUGGAUGAAGUGAGAGUACCACGCUGUUUCUUUAAAGGGGUGAACAUCUCUGCACUCAAAGAGGCGGAAGUUCAUCUAUUUGUGGAUGCGAGUGAAUUGGCAUGCGCGGCGGUUCUUUAUCUCCGAGUCCUCGACAGCGGUAAGCCCAGGUGUGCUCUGGUAGCCGCUAAAACUAAAGUGGCCCCACUAAAACCUCUCUCCAUUCCACGUCUUGAGCUUCAAGCAGCGAUGAUCGGGACAAGGUUGAUGGACUUCGUCCUGAAAUCCCUGGAUGUCCAAAUAAAGAAACGCUUCUUGUGGACAGAUUCCUCAACUGUUCUCUGCUGGUUGCGGUCUGAUAGCCGGCGGUAUCAUCAAUUUGUUGCCUUUCGUGUAGGAGAGAUCCUCUCAACAACUACAGUGGAUGAAUGGCACUAUGUACCAUCAAAAAUGAACAUAGCCGACGUAGCCACGAAAUGGAAGGAGGGGCCAAGCUUCGAUCCGACCAGUCCGUGGUACAAUGCUCCAGAAUUUUUAUACCAAGAACAGGAGCAGUGGCCUUCAGAACCCCCGCGGAAACAAGCAGAAACAGAAGUCGAACUGCGUUCUGCAUUUUUAUUCCACGGCAUGAUGCCGAAAGCCGUUGUUGAUUGUUCCAGGUUUUCAAACUGGAAUCGUCUAUUGCGGGCGACCGUUUACGCUUUGCGUGCUGUACGCAGAUUUAGAGGGGAACCGGCGUCCCAGUCGGAUUUUCUAUCUCAAAAAGAGUUGUGUGAUGCGGAAAUAGUGAUAUGGAAGCAGGUGCAAGCUGGAACCUAUUCAGACGAGUACGCGAUUCUGGAGCAUAACCUGACGAAUCCCACAAGUUUAGCUCCAUUCCCGAAAUCUAGUCCACUCUAUCGACUUUCGGUAUUCUUGGAUGAACGAGGUGUCGUCCGAAUGAACAGUAGAAUAUCUACUUCGCCGUCUGUAUCGUAUGACACGAAAUUUCCGAUUGUGCUGCCAAGGAAAGAAUAUGCAGUCUAUCUUCUAACGGAGAGCUAUCACCGGAGGUUUCUUCACAGGAACGGGGAGACAGUCUGCAAUGAAAUGCGUCAACGAUUCUUCGUACCCGGACUUCUAAUUCUGAUUCGGCAGGUGGCAAAGCAGUGCGUGACGUGUCGUAUUCGAAAGGUUGUUCCAAAUCCUCCUCUGAUGUCAGCUCUGCCUGCAGUUCGUGUUACAGGAAUGAUCAGACCGUUUACGUUCACUGGAGUGGACUAUCUAGGACCAAUACAGGUCAAGCAAGGUCGCAGCUUGGUAAAGAGGUGGGUGGCAUUGUUUACCUGCUUGACUAUACGUGCUGUACAUCUAGAAGUGGUGCACAGUCUGUCCACCCAGUCAUGUAUAAUGGCCAUCAGACGUUUUGUGGCUCGUCGUGGUUCCCCGGAGAAUUUUUAUAGUGACAACGGCACAAAUUUCUUGGGAGCGAGCAACAUAUUGAAGAAUCAGAUACAGAAUAUCCAUGAGGACUGUGCGGUCACGUUUACGAACAGCAAGACCAACUGGAUUUUCAAUCCACCAUCAGCACCUCAUAUGGGCGGUUCAUGGGAGCGUAUGGUGCGCUCCGUAAAGGCUGCCAUGUCAGCAAUUGCGGACCAUCCACAUCAUCCGAACGAUGAAGUUCUGGAGACGGUAGUGCUGGAGGCUGAGGCCAUUGUCAACUCCAGGCCGCUAACUUACAUCCCUUUGGAAUCGAUUGAGCAGGAGUCGCUUACGCCGAAUCAUUUCCUGCUCUUUGGCACCAAGGGUAUCACACAGCCGGAGAUGUCGACAAGGCUGGAAGGAGGAAUCCUGCGUGACAGCUGGCGUCUAGCGCAAUGCCUGGUGGAUCAUUUUUGGAACCGUUGGAUUCGAGAGUACCUUCCAACUAUAACCAGACGCACCAAGUGGUUCGAACCGGCUAAGCCGUUGGAAGUUGGGGACCUGGUACUCGUGGUAGAAGAGAGUAAACGGAACGGAUGGUUGAGAGGCAGAAUUCUAGAUGUGGUUAAGGCAGCGGAUGGGCAAGUUCGACGAGCAGUUGUGCGGACUAAAAACGGAAUACUCAACAGACCUGCAGUGAAAUUGGCACUUCUGGAUCUUCAGAAACCUGGGGACGGUCCGGAACUACACGGGCAGGGGGAUGUUACGAAACCACAGGGCAGUUUCGUGCAGUAG